GCGGUGUGACAGCAAAGCUCGUUCUCGGAUUGGCACUUGUGAGGGAGGCCCAUGUGGUGUGUUAAUGAGCGGGCCACAAACUUUAGCACUUUAGAAAGCUUUCACUUGAUAAUUUCAUCACCUGAAUGUUCGCGUAGCCUGUUUUUCGAAGAUGUUGUUAGAAGCGCUGGACGGCGAUGAAACGGUUGUGUUUACAGCCGCUGCCGCCUCUGUGCAGGUCCAGGUGGAGCCGGUGGGUCGAUGGUUUGAGGCUUUUGUGAAGAGGAGGAACAGGAAUACGUCAGCCUCCUUCCAGGAGCUGGAGGAAGAGGAGGUGUCAUCUGAGGAGUCAGAGGAUGAGGAGUUUCAGCUGGAGGAGUACCCGAUGCUCCGGACACUCGACCCCAAAGACUGGAAGAAUCAGGAUCACUAUUCUGUCCUCGGGCUCCCACACUUGAGGUAUAAAGCCACACAGAAACAGAUCAAAGCUGCCCAUAAAGCAAUUGUGUUGAAGCACCAUCCUGACAAAAGGAAAGCUGCAGGAGAGCAGAUUGUAGAAGGAGACAAUGACUACUUUACCUGUAUAACUAAAGCUAUAGAAAUCCUGUCAGAUCCUGUGAAGAGAAGAGCCUUCGACAGUGUAGAUCCCACCUUCGACAACGCAGUGCCUUCAAAAAGCGAAGGCAAAGAAAACUUUUUCGAAGCGUUUGCUCCCGUUUUUGAGAGAAAUGCAAGAUGGUCUUCCAAAAAGCAUGUACCCAAACUUGGAACCAUGGAGUCGUCUUUUGAAGAAGUGGAUAAUUUUUACUCUUUUUGGUACAACUUUGACUCAUGGAGGGAAUUCUCCUACUUGGAUGAAGAGGAAAAGGAAAAGGCUGAAUGUCGAGAUGAGAGGAGGUGGAUUGAAAAGCAGAAUCGAGCCUCCAGAGCUCAGAGGAAGAAGGAGGAGAUGAACAGAAUACGAACACUAGUUGAUACUGCCUACAGCUGUGACCCUAGAAUAAAGAAAUUCAAAGAGGAAGAAAAAGCCAGAAAGGAAUCUGAGAAGAAGGCCAAAGCUGAAGCCAAGAAAAGAGAGCAGGAGGAGAAGGAGCGAGCCCGGCAGGCGGAGCUGGAGGCAGCUCGUUUGGCAAAGGAGAAGGAGGAAGAGGAGGCCAAGCAGGCGGCCCAGCAGGCAAAGAAAGAGAAGGAGAUCCAGAAGAAGGCCAUCAAGAAGGAGAGACAGAAACUCAGGACUACCUGCAAGAACUGGAAUUACUUUGCUGACAAUGAAGCUGACAGUGUGAAAAUGAUGGAGGAAGUGGAGAAGCUCUGUGAUAGGCUGGAGCUGACAAGUCUGCAGUCCCUGAAUGAAGUCCUGGCCUCGGGAUCAAAAGAGGAGAGUAAGGCAGCCGUGGAGAAGGAGGUGCAGGAGGUGAACGCCCAGCUCCAGAGGGAGCGGGAGGCUGAGGUUCAGGCAAGGCAGGCGGCUCGCAGCGCCGACCAGGCCAGCGGAGGAGGGGGAGCUGGAGGGAAGGGCUGGAACGAGGAUGACCUCCAGCUGCUCAUCAAAGCUGUCAACCUGUUCCCUGCUGGAACCAAUGCCAGAUGGGAAGUCAUUGCCAACUACAUGAACUUGCACUCUACCAGCGGCAUGAAGAGGACAGCCAAAGAUGUCAUCAACAAAGCCAAGAAUCUACAACGACUAGAUCCAGUACAGAAAGAUGAGAUCAACAAAAAAGCCUUUGAGAAGUUCAAGAAGGAACACACUUCAGUGCCGCCCUCUAUAGAUAACGCUGUGCCCUCCGAGAGAUUUGAUGCCUCUGGCAGUGAUGGUAAUGCUGCACCCUGGACCACAGAGGAACAGAAACUUCUGGAACAAGCCCUGAAGACCUACCCAGUCAGCACACCUGAGCGCUGGGAGAAGAUCGCCGCUGCUGUCCCUGGACGAAGCAAGAAAGACUGUAUGAAGAGGUACAAGGAACUGGUGGAGAUGGUUAAAGCCAAGAAAGCUGCUCAGGAACAAGUGGCAGCCAAGAGUAAAAAAUGACAGGAACCACAAAAGACAAUAGUAUCUGUGUUAUUUUAACAUUAUUGUGUUGGUCUUUAUUUUAUAAUAAAAAAAAUUAAAGGAGGAAAAAAAUACUACA